AUGAAAGAAGCCAAAAGCAAUAUGGAGAAAGAUCAGUUGUCCUCGAGCGAGGCUGCAAUCGCAAAGCAGAAGAUUGUGGACGAUUGGUUGCCAAUAACAUCUUCAAGAAACGCCAAAUGGUGGUACUCUGCGUUUCACAAUGUCACCGCCAUGGUUGGUGCUGGUGUCCUCAGCUUGCCCUACGCCAUGUCCAACCUCGGAUGGGGACCUGGAGUGACAGUAAUGAUAAUGUCAUGGGUGAUAACGUUUUACACACUAUGGCAAAUGGUGGAGAUGCACGAGAUGGUUCCAGGGAAGAGGUUCGAUAGGUACCACGAGCUUGGUCAGCACGCGUUUGGAGAGAAGCUCGGACUGUGGAUUGUGGUGCCACAACAGCUGAUCGUUGAAGUUGGUGUGAACAUUGUUUACAUGGUGACAGGAGGCAAGUCAUUGAAAAAAAUCCAUGACCUUCUUUGCAAUGAUUGUAAAGACAUAAGAACCACAUUUUGGAUCAUGAUCUUCGCUUCCAUACAUUUUGUGCUCUCUCACCUCCCUAAUUUCAACUCCAUAUCCAUCGUCUCCCUUGCUGCCGCCGUUAUGUCCUUGAGCUACUCGACAAUCGCUUGGGGAGCCUCGGUGAAGAAAGGUGUUCAACCAGAUGUAGACUACUCGUUUAGAGCCACGACGAGCUCAGGGAAAGUAUUCAACUUCUUGAACGCAUUAGGAGAUGUAGCAUUCGCGUACGCGGGCCACAAUGUUGUGUUGGAGAUUCAAGCUACAAUCCCUUCAACUCCUGAGAAACCAUCAAAGAUCUCAAUGUGGAAAGGUGUGGUAGUUGCCUACAUCGUGGUCGCGAUAUGCUACUUCCCCGUUGCAUUCGUUUGCUACUAUGUUUAUGGAAACAGCGUGGACGACAACAUUCUCAUGACGUUGGAGAAUCCCACUUGGCUUAUCGUCAUGGCUAAUAUAUUUGUGGUGAUUCAUGUCAUUGGAAGCUAUCAAAUUUACGCAAUGCCGGUCUUUGAUAUGCUCGAGACCUUUUUGGUGAAGAAGAUGAUGUUUGCUCCUUGCUUCAAACUCCGUUUCAUCACACGUACUCUAUACGUUGCUCUUACGAUGUUUGUUGCCAUAUGCAUUCCAUUUUUUGGUGGACUGCUCGGCUUUUUUGGAGGAUUUGCCUUCGCUCCAACAACUUACUACCUACCAUGCAUUAUGUGGCUCAUUCUCAAGAAACCAAAGAAGUAUGGAUUGUCUUGGUCUAUUAACUGGUUCUGCAUAGUGAUAGGUAUCAUAUUGACGAUCGUAGCUCCUAUCGGUGGCCUCAGAACUAUAAUUGUCUCUGCCAAAGACUACAAGUUCUUCUCUUGA